AUGUUUCGCCCUAUCCUCAGACAAUGCGCGCGGAGAGCCGCCGUUCCUCUGCGACCAUGCGCCACACGAACGUUUGCCUCGGCAUCAGGACCGGCCUUCAACUGGGAGGACCCCUUGGCCUCGAAUAACCUCUUGACUGAGGAGGAGCGAGCAAUUGGAGAGACAGCAGAGCGAUAUUGCCAAGAGCAACUACUACCCCGCGUACUGAAGGCGUAUCGUGACGAGUCCUACGAUCCAAAGAUUCUCGAGGAAAUGGGCGAGCUCGGCCUGUUAGGCGCUACGAUUGAGGGUUAUGACUGCGCAGGAGUGUCUUCUGUUGCUGGUGGUUUGAUCACACGAGCUGUCGAGAGGGUUGACAGCGGCUACCGAUCUGGCAUGUCCGUCCAGUCUUCGUUGGUUAUGGGUGGUAUCUUUGAGCAUGGCACUGCUGAACAGAAGGAGAAGUUUCUUCCCCAGAUGGCCAAGGGCAAACUUCUUGGUGCUUUUGGCCUGACAGAACCGAACCAUGGCAGUGACCCUGGAAGCAUGGAGACCAUGGCCAAGCCUCACCCCACUAAGAAGGGUUACUAUUCUCUAAGUGGUUCAAAGACAUGGAUCACAAAUAGUCCCAUCGCAGAUGUGUUCUUGGUGUGGGCAAAGCUACAGGAGACAGGCAAGAUUCGAGGCUUCCUGGUCGAGCGUAAAGAUUGCCCCCCAGGUACUCUGGAGACACCAGCGCUCAAGGAUAAGAACGGUCUUCGAGCCUCGAUCACGGGUAUGAUUCAGCUCGAUAGCUGUCCUGUCCCUGAAAUCAACAUGUUCCCAGAGGUUGAAGGUCUCAGGGGUCCCUUCAGCUGCCUGAACAACGCUCGAUACGGCAUUGCUCUCGGUGUGAUGGGUGCCCUAGAGGAUUGUAUCGCCCGAGCCCGAACAUAUGCCCUCGAGCGCAAGCAGUUCAAGGGCAACCCUCUCGCCAAGUACCAGCUCGUGCAGAAGAAGCUCGCCGAUGCGACAACAGACGCCGCCUAUGGAACACUUGCGGCUAUCCAGGUUGGCCGUCUCAAGGACGAGGGCAAGGCAACACCCGAGAUGAUCAGCAUGGUGAAGCGACAGAACUGCGAUGCUGCUCUGCGAAAUGCACGUCUGCUCCAGGAGAUCUUUGGAGGCAAUGCGGCGAGCGACGAGUACAUGAUUGGCCGUCAUGUGGCAAACCUCUUCGUGACUCAAACGUAUGAGGGCCAGAGCGAUAUUCACAGUCUUAUUCUAGGACGGGCCAUUACUGGUAUCCAAGCGUUUGUUUGA